CUGGCUGGGAGUGGGAGCGUCGCAAGGCUGGGUAACUUUCUUCGACAAAUGAACGUGAAAAGUUUCAUACGUUGUGGCUGCUGACAUUGUAAUCUACGCAAAGAUUUUUCGAUAUUCGUUUUCAAAUUUUCUUCUUGCCGGCCGAGCUAUUAGAUUCUGUCCAACGCCAAACAACAACCGAUUUAUUUCAAACACCUUCCAUCUUGCAGGUGCCUUUAAGCAGGGAAGGUGUGAACCAAGCAGAUCUACAUUUUCCACCAUGCCUUUAGCCAGUCAAGCUAGGGUUUAUGCAGAUGUGAAUUUGCAUAGAGCAAGAGAAUACUGGGACUAUGAAUCGCAUGUCAUUGAAUGGGGGGAGCAAGAUGACUACCAACUUGUUAGGAAAUUAGGCAGAGGCAAAUACAGUGAAGUCUUUGAAGCCAUCAAUGUAGUUACCAACGAAAAGUGUGUUGUAAAAAUCCUCAAGCCCGUCAAAAAGAAGAAGAUUAAACGCGAAAUAAAAAUCUUGGAAAAUUUGCGUGGCGGAACCAACAUUAUUACUCUACAAGCGGUGGUUAAAGAUCCUGUGUCAAGAACUCCGGCAUUGAUUUUCGAACAUGUCAACAACACGGAUUUCAAGUUACUUUACCAGACAUUGACGGACUACGAUAUUCGGUUCUAUUUGUACGAGUUGUUAAAAGCCCUGGAUUACUGCCACAGUAUGGGCAUUAUGCAUCGGGACGUUAAACCUCACAACGUUAUGAUCGACCAUGAAAAUCGUAAGCUUCGAUUGAUCGAUUGGGGUUUAGCGGAAUUUUAUCAUCCUGGCCAAGAGUACAACGUUAGAGUUGCUUCAAGAUAUUUCAAAGGACCAGAGUUAUUGGUGGACUAUCAAAUGUACGAUUAUUCCCUUGAUAUGUGGUCACUCGGUUGCAUGUUAGCUUCAAUGAUAUUUCGCAAAGAGCCCUUCUUCCAUGGUCAUGAUAACUACGACCAGCUGGUCCGCAUCGCCAAAGUUCUGGGUACAGAAGAACUUUUUGAGUAUCUUGACAAGUAUCAAAUUGAACUUGAUCCAAGGUUCAAUGAUAUCCUCGGCAGACAUUCACGCAAGAGGUGGGAACGCUUCGUGCACAGUGAAAACCAACAUUUGAUUUCACCUGAAGCCUUGGACUUUUUGGACAAACUUUUACGGUAUGAUCACCAGGAGAGGCUCACGGCUCGUGAAGCCAUGGAUCAUCCUUACUUUUACCCCAUUGUGAAAGAACAGAAUCGACUGGCAAGUUUGUCAACCUCUCCGACACUCUUACCACCUGGAACGUCGGUAGGAGGCGGUACAAGUGGCGGAGCAGGACCAAGCGGAGGUGGACCUUCACAGUAGAAUUCACCGAGAGACAAUUGCCGUGUAGUUGGCUGGG